CUUUCUUCCCUGCGUAAUUGAAAAAAACAAAAUAAAUCUCUCUCUCACUCUCUCUCUCACUCUUCUUAAGUCGACGAAGAUGACGGAAUCUCUUCAGAUCUCUCGGAAGAGGAUGCGAUUCUCGUCUUCUUCAGCUAGUGAGACCCUACUCGCAAGCAAAUCACAGUAUCAGAGACACCGCUCUGGCCGCAUCGAACCGACCGGAGACGGACUGCGUUUCAAUCAGUCGCCAUCAGUCACCGGGAAAAUUACCCCGAAAGUUCUUCGCACGUAUCCUCGAGUCACCAUCAAGGAUCUGCGUCUCAGACGCGUGUUUACCCCGAGCUCGAUCUGGGAAUUCAAAACCAAGGAACAACAAUCUGAAAAUCAUCUUUGUGAUUCCAACGUUGGUGAAGAAGGAACCAAAGUCGAUGCUGGUGGAUUAGGAAAUGAACAUGUAAAAAAUUUCCUUAAAACGACGCCGCUUGAUUCCGAUAGUGGACCCAUCUGUGAAGAGAGCAAUGGAUCAGUAGUGAAGAGAAGUGGUACUACUGUCUGUCACAAACCGAUUCUUCGUCCAUGUUCUCGAGCUAAGAUUUUCAAGAACCCUGGAUCUUUCAGCUACAAGAGACUGCUUCCGUACUUAAUGCAAGCUGCAGAUGGAACCCCAUCAGGCCAGUGUUCAAAACCGGAGCAGAACCCUCCUAGUGUUAACGAAGAGAAUGGGGAAGUUGCUGAAGUUCAGAAGGAGGAGGCAAGUGAACCGAUAAAAGCCGAAUGUCAACAUCCUGAACCCACCAAAGCUGUUGCGCAAUCAGUGGACGGAGUCAUCAAUAAACAUUCAGCUGUAGGUGGAAACACCAGCCCUUUGAAGAAGGUUGUUGCGUCCAGUCCCAACAAAAAAUCCCAGGCAUGCUCUAGGCGCAAGUUGUUCAAAACACCAGGUUCCGUUAACUACAGAAGAAUGCUUCCGUAUCUCAAAGAUAUUCAAGAAGAUAAUCCUUGCGUGCUUGAGACAGUUAAUCAUCCAGAUCAUAAUGAGGACACAGAGGGGAAUACUCCAUCACCGAUGUUAGCGUCUGAGAACGAAGGGGCAGAGGAUAUGGUGACGGAAAAUGUUACUAGAGAAUUAGAUACUGACAAAGACAAAGACAAAGAUAAAGAGCUAGUCCCGUGUGAAGCUGUUUUUGAGUCCCCAGAACGUUCUGAUACUGACAAGGAACAAGAAACUCAAGUUAAGCAUGUCAUCCCAGACACUGAGAAGAACUUGGAAACUCCUCAGAAUGCUUUGGGCUCUGAGGUCCAGUUCUCAUCUCCUAUUGCUGGCUCAGGAGAUUCAAGUGAGGUUGCAUUGAACAACCCAUUUGUUCAAAACUUGGCGGGUGAAGAAACUAUGAAGACAGACGCUAAAAACAGAGAAGAGCAAGUAGAGGCAAAUAGUUCGGAUUUAACAGCUGAGCUGCUUGAUCCUUCUGCUGUAUCCGGAACCCCCACAUCCGUCUCUCCCUCGAAAGGGAUUCUGAAAAGGAGUAUAAGAGGAUGUAGAGGGAUAUGCUCUUGUUUGAACUGCUCAUCCUUCCGUCUAAACGCAGAAAGAGCAUUCGAGUUCUCAAGGAAUCAACUCCAAGAUACUGAAGUUCUGGUUUUGGAUCUUCUUGGAGAAAUAUCUCUUCUCAAGGAGUCGUUGGAGAAACAGAGUUCAGCACAUCACAAUGAAUCCUACAAAAUUCAGGCUGGAGAAGCUGCAAAGAGAGCUAAUGAGGCUGCAGAUCUUGCAAAAAGCCGCCUCUAUCAAAUGAACGAUGACCUUCAAGUUCACUGCCGAAUCCCCAACGAACAACGAGCAAAAGUGAAAUUCGCUCACUACGUCCACGAGAAGACCAUCCUACAAGCAUCCCAACUUGACCCCUAAACCACUAUUUAGCAACUAGCUUCCUUUUCAACUGUCUUAAGGAUUAUCCAGUUUUCAUGUUCUUUUUUUAUUUUGAAAAGUGAAAGGUAUUACCUGUCACUUUCAUUUGUCACUCUUCAGCAAAAAGAGAGAAACUAUAGAUCAUAGAUCAAGUUGCCGUUAUGCAUAUAGUCCUUGUGAUCAUA